UGAGCCGGCGGGACUGGCGCUAUGAUGUUCGUCGGUUUUGUGGUGGCGCUGGUGAUAGGGACUGUCCCCGGAGCCCGCGAGCUGGGGCGGGUCUCCGCCAGCCUCCCGGCCAUCCGCCACCCGCAGCCACCCGCCUCGGCCCCGCCGCCGCCGCCCCCCACCGGCCGCCCAGCUGUGCCGCCAGCCGGGAGCUUCGCCGCUCCCCGGCGCCCUUGGCCCCCGGCGGCGUCCACUCUCCCGCGGCGGCGGACAGCGGGGAGGGCGCCGCGGGGCCGCCGCUGCUCCUGCUCCCCGUCCGGCGGCAGCGGGCGGCCCGGGUGCGCCCCGGGGGGUGGCCAGGGCCCGGCGGAGCGCGGAAGCGCUGACUGCGAGCAAGGGACAGUGAGACUCCAGGGUGGCAAGAAUGAGUUUGAAGGUACAGUGGAGGUUUAUUUGAAUGGAAUCUGGGGAACAGUCUGUGGGAGCCAUUGGGACAAUGAUGAUGCGACAGUCGUAUGUCGACAACUUGCACUUGGUGAAAAAGGUACAGCAAAACAUGUACCAUUUUCUGGACUGGGCCUUACUCCUGUUUACUGGAAUGAAGUGCGUUGUCGUGGUGAUGAAGAAAAUAUAUUGUUAUGUGAAAAAGACAUCUGGCAUGAUGGAACAUGUCCUCAAAAAAUGGCAGCUGCUGUCACAUGUAGCUCUUCCCUGGUCUUUACUCCAAUCCGGCUGGCUGGUGGGAGCAACGCUCAUGAAGGAAGAGUAGAAGUCUAUCAUGCUGGCCAGUGGGGGACUGUCUGUGAUGAUCAGUGGGAUGAUGCAGAUGCUGAAGUCAUCUGUCGGCAGCUUGGCCUUGGGGGUGUUGCAAAGGCAUGGAGCCAGGCUUACUUUGGAGAAGGCUCAGGUCCCGUGCUACUGGAUGAAGUGCAGUGCACAGGAAAUGAACUAUCCAUAGAGCAGUGUCCAAAAAGCUCCUGGCGAGAACACAACUGUGACCACAAAGAAGAUGCUGGUGUUUCCUGCACACCUCUCACAGAUGGUGCAUUAAGACUAGCAAGUGGGAAAGGCAAUCAUGAGGGACGCCUGGAGGUCUAUUAUACUGGGCAGUGGGGCACAAUCUGCGAUGAUGGGUGGACAGAGCUGAAUACACAAGUGGUUUGCCGGCAGCUGGGAUUUAAGUAUGGAAAACAUGCCCCAGAGAGCUACUCAGAAGGAAGCUCUGGGCCCAUCUGGUUAGAUGAUGUCAGCUGCUCAGGGAAGGAGACAAACCUCCUGCAAUGCUCAUGGAGAGAGUGGGGAAAACAUGACUGCAACCAUCACGAGGACGUCAGACUUAUUUGCCAUCCAGAUAAUGACAACCAUAAGCUCACACUCGGUCCCCCCAUCAGGUUGAUGGAUGGUGAGAAUAAGAAGGAAGGACGUGUAGAGAUUUUUAUCAAUGGACAGUGGGGCACGAUUUGUGAUGAUGGAUGGUCUGAUAAGGAUGCAGCUGUGGUCUGUCGACAGCUUGGCUACAAAGGUCUGGCUAGAGCAAGGACAAUGGCUUACUUUGGGGAAGGCAAAGGCCCAAUCCACGUGGAUAAUGUGAAAUGUACAGGAAAUGAGAGAUCCUUGGCAGACUGCAUUAAAGAAAACAUUGGGACUCACAACUGCCGCCACAGUGAGGAUGCAGGAGUGAUUUGUGACCACCUAAGCAAGAAGGCCCUAGGGAACAGCAAUAAAGAUUCUCUUGCUUCUGUUUGUGGAUUGAGGUUACUACAUCGUCGACAAAAGCGAAUAAUUGGUGGGAAAAAUUCUUUACGGGGUGGAUGGCCAUGGCAGGUUGCACUCCGGCUGAAAUCUUCUCAUGGUGAUGGAAGACUCUUGUGUGGUGCUACUCUUAUCAGCAGCUGCUGGGUCCUCACUGCUGCACAUUGCUUUAAAAGGUACGGCAACAUCACUCGGAACUAUGCUGUGCGAGUUGGAGACUAUCACACACUGGUACCAGAAGAGUACGAGGAAGAAACUGGAGUCCAACAGAUUGUGAUGCAUAAAGAGUACAGGCCUGACAGCAGCGACUAUGACAUUGCAUUGGUGAGGCUACAGGGGCCAGAGGAACGGUGUGCCAGAUUCAGUUCCCAUGUCUUACCUGCUUGUUUGCCAUUAAGAAGAGAGAGACCACAGAAAACUGCUCCCAACUGUUAUAUCACUGGAUGGGGUGACACAGGAAGUGCUUAUUCAAGAACAUUACAACAGGCUGCCAUCCCCUUACUCCCCAAGAGGGUAUGCGAAGAACGUUACAAAAGAAGAUUCACAGGAAGAAUGCUCUGUGCUGGAAAUGUCCAGGAACAGAAACGUGUUGAUAGCUGUCAAGGAGACAGUGGGGGUCCACUGAUGUGUGAACGUCCAGGGGGAAGCUGGGUUGUGUAUGGUGUGACCUCCUGGGGCUAUGGCUGUGGAGUGAAAGAUUCUCCAGGUGUCUAUACAAAAGUAUCAUAUUUUGUACCCUGGAUAAAAAGUGUCAUCAAACUAUGAAUGUCCAUAAUGAAAACCAAACUUUGUUAACAACGUUUGAGGCAGAACAACUUGAACAGCACAGGUGGUACGUGCACAGCUGGGGUCCAGAGUGGGUGGAAAUUUUCCUCAUUUGUGUGUUUUUCUUUUUGUUAAAUCCAAACUGUAUACACGCCACCUUUCCGGUUAGGGAUUACUACCCAAACAAAAUCCUUCUGUGUUAAGGUAGUUCAUAUACUGCAUGAAUAAGUUACCAUAUAUCUAAGAUAAAGGGAAAAGUGAUAGCCAGCUUAGAGUAACAGGAAAUUGGAGCAGGACAGCUAGAGUUCACUAUGAGAUUCACUGCCUACAGGAAGACUGCAGUAGCUCCAAGCUAUUUAUGGUUCAAACUUCCCUAGAAUUAAUUACAGAUCUCAAAAUCAAUUUUCCAUCUAUUUAAUCAGUUCCUGGUUGUUCUCUUAUUAUUCCUAUAAUCAGCCCUCUAAUUUUGAAUCAUGUUUCAUUAACUAAUGAGACCAUUAGCAGGUUGAUUCUUGGUAAGCAAUUCUGAGUAUAUAUUAGAAGUUAGAAGGAAAAUAAUGGCUGAUAACCAGAUCCCCAGCUAUUCUGAUAAAUGCUCUCACAUCUUAUUGUGCA